GUUUAUGUUGAGAAUGAGGAAGGGCAGCAAAUUUGGGUGUGAGAAACCAACCAGACAUUUUCCAAGCAUGAAUCACAGCUGGAAGGAUGGCCAUAAAUUCAUCCGCGUGCUUCAGCCACCCUUCAUCUGAGAUUCCUGCAGGGUUUCCAAACACUCAGUCAUGUCUAAACUGGAGAAAGCCAUUACUGCUAUAGUGGAGGUGUUUGAGGAGUAUGCUGGAACAGAUGAAGACAAGCGGAGACUGAGUAAUGUGGAGCUCAGUAAUCUGAUUAAGACUCAACUGAGCACCCCUGAGUUCAAGGAUAAAUUGGAUGCAGAAGAUGCCAAAGAGGCGGUGGAAGAAAUAGAUAAAAACCGUGAUGGCCAGGUGUCCAUCAAAGAGUUUAGUAAGUGUGUGGCCAAUCUUGCUGAGGCCUACUUCAAGAAGAAGUAUGGCAAGGAGAAAGGAAAAGGCAAACACUAAAAGUAACAUCACAAAGCUCUACUGAAUACAUCCACCAAAUGCAUCCAUCCAGAAAUUAUGAAAUAGUUAAUAGGUGCAAGUUUUGUGAUGCCAGUCUUCUUGAUCAUGAUAACACUCUACUUUGUACAUUGUCACGGUUUCUCUUUGCUUAGCACAAAUACACUACAUACUAUAUGUUACAGUGGAUAUGAAUAAAAAAAAUAUGAAGCA